AUGGAUGUGAGGAAGAUGAAAUGGACUUUACUUCCCGAAGGGGUCCACAACUUUAAAUUCAGGCUCAAAAUCCCAGAGGGUGUACCGCAGCAAGUACCACACAAAGAAGUCACUGUUAAUUCUACUAAAGAGGUCGGAGGCACUAUCAGGCCAUACUCAGAGCAAACUGUCUCCUACCAGUUGAAGAUUCCUGAUGAUGUCAUCUUCUCUAUUCAUAACUGUGAAAUCAUCUCAGUUGAAUAUUACAUAAAGGUGUAUCUGGACAUUAGCUUUGCCUUUGACCCGGAGGUGGUGCUUCCACUGGUCAUCGCUCCUUCCAGAUUUGCAGCCAUUCAGCCUGGUGAGGCUGAGGGGCCUUACCCACCUGGGACAACCGAGGCCACAAGUUAUAGUAACUUGGCUCCCCCUGGCUUCCACACUGGAUUAGAUCCUGAACCCACAGAGCCAGGCACUGUACUUCCCAAAGGGGUCCAUACAUUUAGGUUCGGGCUCAAAAUCCCAGAGGGGAGCAUGCCUUCAUCCUUCAAGGGGGUAUAUGGAAAAAUUGUGUACAUUUUUGAAGCAAAGAUGUCCAGGAGCUGGUGGUGGCCUUCUAAAGUUAAAAAGAAGAUCAACUUCAUUUCCAAGACACUUCAGCAGUUUUGGGAAGUGAUGUGUCCACAAUCUGGUACAGUGAGUAAAAACAUAGGUGGGCUCUCCCAGGGACGGGUCCAAAUGUCUGCUACCAUUGACAGGAAUGUUUGCACUCCAGGUGAAACUAUAUCUGUUGUUGCCAAAAUCUGCAACUCCUCUUCCAAAAACACGAGGCCCAAAUUCAAACUUGAACAAAAAACAGUAUUUCGCUGCAAUGAGUCUUCUAAGAAGCGGGUAAUGAAUCUGUUCAAAGAGGUCGGGGAAACUAUCAGUCCAAACUCAGAGCAAACUGUCUCCUGCCAGUUGAAGAUUCCUGAUGAUGCCAUCUCCACUAUCCAUAACUGUGAAAUCAUCUCAGUUGAAUAUUACAUAAAGGUGUAUCUGGACAUUAGCUUUGCCUUUGACCCGGAGGUGGUGUUUCCACUGGUCAUCGUUCCUUCCAGAUAUGCAGCCAUUCAGCCUGGUGAGGCUGUGCGGCCUUACCCACCUGGGACAACCGAGGUCACAAGUUAUAGCAACUUCGCUCCCCCUGGCUUCCACACUGGAUUUGGCUCUGUGCCCACAGAGUCAGGUCACUACCCCACCCCAGAUGCUACUCAGCAUGAUAAUAUAACAAGUGACAAUUAUAACCAGUGGUCACACGGUGCUACUGCACAGGAGAUUUCAGCUCCAGUUUUUAAAGCACCUUCAAUGCAACAUCCAGGUCCUACUCUGACUACUUCUCUACAGGGGGAACAACCUCCAUUAUAUACGUCCAUUUACCAGCAUCAAAAUGAAACACUGUAGAAGCUGUACAGGAUUUAAUAAGUGAAUGGGCCAAAUAUUAAUAGCAGGUGACACCUCAAAAGUCACAGUUAGGUAUGGCUUAAACAGGGUUCAUAAGGCAGAAUCAUAAAGGUGCCCUCUUCUUGUUGAUGAUCAACUGGCAGGACAGAAUGAGGCCUUCCAGCUGUUGUCCCACAAAGGAAUUAAAUGUUUUGUACAAAAACUGUGUUUUUAAUAUUUAUGUUUUGGAGGGAAAAUAAGACUAAUUGGACAAAUCAUGAAUAUGUUCAGUUGCAGAAAGUUUCUAUGUCCUAUACCUUAUUUAGACAUAGCUGGCCAGAUACUACACCAAGUAAUUAGAGCUGGACCCCAAAACUCUGACUUUUAAAGGGCCUGAGAAAAUAGGACUGGGGGUUAAAUCAUGUGACGGACCAGUUUUCACCUCUUGAUAUCAGUGGGGUACCAGAGACACAAGAAGUGACCGAACAAACAAUAAGAGAAGUAAGUGAUUUUCCUUUAGUCAGUCUUCUACUCUCCAUACUCCACACAACAAUGUAUUUAACAACAGACUUUUUUUUACUUAUAGAUCACAUUUUUGUUUUGAUUUUUGUCAUCAUAAUUUUGCUUGUUUUUUUCAUUGUUUUGAAAUUGUUUUUGAAUACUGAAAUGUAAAUGCAUUGCCUGUUGUUUUAAAUAUGUAUAAAUAACACUGUCACAUAUAGUUUGUGUUUAUGCUUAGAGAUUUAAGAUAAGGUGAAAGGUCUGUUUAGCAGUGUUAUCCUUAGGAGUAUGUUGCACUUUACUUUGAAAAAUAUUGAAUUGUCUGUGUUGUUCUAUGUAUGGUGGCAUAUCAAAUUCUUGAGGCAAAACAUUUAGCAUUACUCCUAGCGUAUGGUUUUCGUAAUGACCAACAUGGUCUCUCUUAAACCACUUACUGUUUUAUACUGUAACACCUUCACUGUCAGCUGAAACAGACUCAGAAGCACUUUUCGCAUCUGAUUGCUGUCCUACAUGGUGUUACAGAUGUUUAUUCAUGUCAAAAGGUUUGCACUUAUGAAUGGAAAAUAGGGAAAGUAUAUGUAAGAUUUUAUAGCACUCACCACCAGGACAGUCGUAGGGCACUUUAUUGUAAACAGAAAAAUGCAAAUGGUGCUUAAACACUGGGGGGGAGCCAGCCCUGAGGAUGGCUUUCCUCAGAACAUCCUCCAAACCCAAGGAAAGAGCUUUUUUUUUAAGGUGGUUGGGUUCAUCUUAAAUUAGGCUGAAGUUUAUGUAGCUCAGAGGAGACUGGCUAAAAAAGCCGAAGGGAUGUAGCAGUCGAUGGGAAGCUUUUUGUUUUGAAAAACUGCUGAUAAAAUCUUAUAACUGAGAGCUUUCAUUAUUAAAAUUAGAUGUUUCUGAGCACUGUGAUCAUAGCAUGACAGCAUCUUGAUAACAUCCAAUAAAAUAACUUGAUGGAUGGUUAAAGGAAUAAACUGCCACCAGGUGAAUGUCUAAACUUGGAUGUAUGUGUCACAGUGCUAUCAAAGGGAUAGAGGGUCAUCCCUCAACCUGCACAGGAGCUGCAGUUGUUUGGGAGCAACAUGUAAUGUGUCAUCGCAAUGUACAUGAAACAAAGAAGCUCUAUAGGUUUUCAGUUAUAAUAUAAUGAUUACUUAUUAUUCAAAGCUGAAAAAUCAAGAGUAAAGCCUCUAAUAUAUUGUAAAAAAUCAGAGGUUGCAUUCUGUAGUAAAACAGUCAUUUCCUAAGAUGAAUUGGAACAAACUGGAAGAUUAAAACAUUAUGAAAAUGCAAAUGGUUAAUUGGAUUUUUUGAUGACUCCAGGGGGA